GAGAACUGACUCAGAGGUACAACAGUGUUUUAUUUCCCCAGAGCUCCAGGAUGCUUUGCCUGAAUGAUGAACUGCUCUUUAAACUUAACCUUGGAUACGUCAGUGCUUUGGUUUUACAGCACACCGUGAUCGUUCUUCUACUAGCAGACUCCUUUAGAGGCCAGUCUCAGGGGGCUAGACCUUCUCGAACAAUAGUGACAUUAGUUGGUGAAGACGUUAUCCUGCCGUGCCACCUGGAACCUGCAGUGGAUGUUGUUUCUAAGAGUGUGGAGUGGGGGAGACUUGACCUGGAACCAAGAUUUGUCCAUGUGUGGCAUGAAGGUCAAAACAUUCUCAGUAACCAAAACCCGUCUUACAGAGGAAGAACAUCAGUGUCCAUUGAGAAACUGAAGCAUGGAGACCUUUCACUGACACUGUCUGCAGCCAAACUCUCCGAUAAUGGAAUCUAUAGAUGCUACUUUCCCUCACAGAAUAAAGAAUCCACUGUUGAGCUUAUUGUUGGUUCUGUCUCCUCAGCGGUCAUAGCUGGAAUUUACUUAAACAGCAGCGCAGUGGUGUUACAGUGUGAGUCUGCAGGCUGGCAUCCAGAGCCUGAGGUGUUGUGGCUGGACGGUGAGGGAAAGCUCCUCUCUGCUGGACCUACAGAGACAGUCAGAGGUCCUGAUGACCUCUAUACUGUCAGCAGCAGAGUGACUGUGGAGAAGAGACACAGCAACAGCUUCACCUGUAGAGUCCAACAGAGGAACAUCAACCAGACCAAAGAGACAGAGAUUCAAUUUUCAG